AUUUGCUACGCGUUCGCCCAACACGUGCGAGCACAAUUCUUCGCGCAGUGACCGUUGCGCGCGCGGCGUCCUCCCCUUCUAGCAUUACUCCGCUCCACUCUCGUUCGACACGCACACGUCCAUCGUCGGUGGCCCCGUAUAGACGUCCUGUCGAGUUGAGAAUCCGUUAAUAUCAAACCGAUCGCCAUGGCGGAAGAAUAUCUGUACGGAAUCGUCCUUGAGGGAGCAAACUCAACCGAGGUAUGGGAUCCCGAGCACAAGAACGACGAUGCAGAUGGUACGAACCAGCAUGGUUAUGGAGCUGAUCAGAAGCUCAUCAUCAAAAUGGCACUUUUAGGACCAGAAGCAAAGCCUGGAGAACUCAAUGUACUACAGGUAGAAGCGACGGGACUUAAAGGACCUAUGAAAACCCCUAUCGCUCUUUUAGAGAUGGGAAAGACAGCGCAAAUUAUUCUUGAUCUUAGUUUUCCUGACCCACCAGUUACGUUUACCUUGGUUAAGGGUAGCGGGCCUGUUCACAUAGUAGGACACAAUCUUCUUGGAACACACAUGGAAGAAUUUGAUGAUAUGGAUGAAGAGUUAGAAGAUGAAAAUAUUGAUGAUGAUGAUGAUGAAAAGGAUCCUGAUGAUGAAGAGGAAGAAGAAGAUGAACCUAAGAAGAAGAAUGCCAAAUUAACAACUGCAGCCAAAUACAAAAAUCAGGCUAACAAGAACAAGAAAAAAUAAGCAUGAGCCUUAACAUAAUGGAAACACAAAAACUCUUAAGUUAGGCUAUUAUGCGUAAGUCCAUCAAUUAUCAUCCGCAUUUAUGCGAAUUUAGUAUCGUUUCAUUAGAUUAUCAGACGACACGUGUUGCGUUCCACGUUUCUAAAACACAACUGGACCAAUAAAGUACAAUAAGAUAACAGUGUAUCA